AUGGCAGAUCUUCCGGCAGAUGACAACACUCCUAUCCAGCAGCUUGCGGUCCAGGAGGGGCUCUGCUGGAGCGAGUGUUGGUAUCUCACAAUAAGCCAGCAGCUCAUGUCGCAGCACUGGAUUGCGAACCAAGAAGACAGCAGUGCCGAGGAUGGACGCCCACAGCACGAUGGCCUCAGUAGCUGGACCGAGGCGGGGCGGGAGUCGUUGAUUCACGACGGCUGGGAGACCCACAUAGCCGCGUACGAGGCUAGAAUCACCGCCGAGGAUGUGGAGCGUUGCCGAACGAUCGAUCACAAGCCCGGCAUCGACUUCGAAUCGCCAUUAGGCCGGACGAGCUGUCUGUUCAGUGUCAGUGUGCAGAACAUUCUAGACCAGCCCUUGUUUUUGGAACGCAACUGUGUCGGUCGAUUCUUUCCGCAUGCUGGCUCGCAACUCAAUGGGAGCGCCUCCGACAUCUAG